AUGCCGGGAAUGCCAAAAGAGGCGGUGAUCUCCAACCCAGAAGAAGCCAAGAAAUUUGUGGAGGACCGUGUGGCUGAAGGAGCAGACUAUAUCAAGCUCGUUUCUGAUACUCCAGGACCCGACCAGGAGUCGAUCAAUGCUCUUGUAAGGACCGCUCAUGACAAAGGUAAAGUUGUCUUUGCGCAUGCGGUCAACCUCGAGGCGACGCGCAUGGCACAGAUGGCCGGCGUGGAUAUCAUUACACAUGCUCCUCUGGACGGAGUCAUGAACGAUGACGAAGUGCGGCAGAUGGUCGAGAACAAACGUAUUAGUGUCCCAACGCUGAUCAUGUUGGAGUCUGUUUGUCAGAUGAAGGGUAUUGAUCAGGAGAGGCCGGGCUUUGCCUUUGCCAACGCACUCAAGACGGUGAUGUGCUGCACCAUGCGGGUGUACCUGUUUUAG